AUGGAUCCCAGCAUCUUGCAAAUCUUCCAGAAUGAACUCAUCUGCUUCGAUUGCAGGAACUACUUUUUAGACCCCAUCACCACAGACCAUGGGCACAGCAUUUGCAGGCCCUGUUUCUACCUCAGCUGGCCGGACAGUUCAGUUAUUGCUCACAGUUCUGAAUGUCAGGAAGAAAUACAGAAUUUAUUCCUGAGAAACUUUCGCACAAAUGUCACUCUGAAGGAAAUUGUUCUCAUUGUCCAACGAGCCCAUCUGGGGCAAUUCCUGUGCUCUAGGGACAAUAGGUGUGGGAUACACAUGGAGGCAAAGCAGAUCUUCUGUGAGGACCAGAGGAGCCUGCUCUGUUUGCACUGUUCUACCUCCCAGGAGCAUGAGGCUCACAGACACUGUUCAGUAGAAGAGGAAGUUGAGCAACUCAGGGAGAAACUCCUCAGGACAAUGUCCUCUUUAUGGGAGAAUUACUGUAAAAGUAACAGAAAGUUGAAUGUGGAAACUGUCACAGUCAGAUCUUGGGAGAUUUAUGUGAACUCAAAGAGGGAAGGGAUCAGAGCUGAAUAUGAUAAUUUGCCUCCAUCUCGCUAUAUGGAAGAGCUACAUUAUAUAGAGAUAUUGCAAAGGGAAGGCAAGGAGAUUUUUGACCAACUCAAGGAGAGUGAAGCCAGGAUGGCACACAAGACGGAGCUUUUAAGAGGAAUGUAUACAGAGCUGAAGGAAAUGUGCCAUAAACCAGGUGUAGAGCUGCUCCUGAAUUUUGGAGACAUAUUGCACAGGAGUGAGGCAGUGUGUGUGCACAUGCCACAGCCUGUGAAAGCAGAGCUCACUGCAGUGACCAUCCCAGGGAUGGUUGCAAGGUUCGAAUUGUUCAAAGAGAUUGUUAUCCUACGGCAUGCAAGAACUCACGGUCAUGUCUUUCUAGACGGAAGUUUGAUAUGUCUGGAUGUUGGAUGUGGUCCUCUAGAUGAACUGUGUAUCACCUCAAAAUAUGAGUGUUUUCUUAACUGGGGUGUUCAGACUUUUACCAUUGGGAGACAUUACUGGGAGAUAGAUGUGGGAGACACUUGGAAUUGGGCUGUAGGAGUCUGCUGUGAUGAGUGGGUACAGAAGUAUAUACAUUUCCAUAAGGCAUUCUAUCUUCUUGGCUGUGCUAAAACAGACAUGCACCACAGUGUCUUCACCACCUCCCCACCUGUACUGCAAUAUGUGCCCAAACCUAUUGGCCAAGUAGGGGUAUUCCUGGAUUAUGAAGGUGGAAGUGUGACCUUUGUAAACGUAGCACAAACUUCCCUUAUAUGUAGAAUCUCCCAUUGCUCUUUCUCUCCCUGUCUCAGGCCUAUCUUUUGCUGCAGUCACUUCAAUUAG